CCCCACCCACACCCCAUCCACACCUACACCCACACCCCACACUCACACCAACAACACCCACCCACACCCACACCCGCACCUCCACCCAUACCCCAACUGACUUUUCAUCGAGCGAAAGCAUUUUGAGGGGUUUCUUCUUGCGUUUGUUACUCUGUUUCAUUUUUCGCUGAAUGACAAAAUGAAUUUAAACGAAAAUUUGCAAGUUGGAAAAAUCCAAGUUGUUAUCUAUAGAGAACAGGGUAUAUAAUAUACAUGAUAACAUGCAUUCAUCAUAAAGUAAAAAGCUCACAGAGAAAGUAAGUGUAACAAUACAUUUUGGGAAUUGAGACGUAAUGAGACAAUCCUUUUUCUAUUUUCUAUAGUUGAAAAUUGUGCGAAGUUAUUCAUGUGUUUUCCUGUAUGGUCUUUGCUACUUUUCCUUGUUUCGCUUCAUUUUGAAACAAAUUUAUGUGGCAUACGUGUUUCUCCCAAGUAUUACUCAUGCCGAAAUUUAACUCAAUACAAUAUAAAAAAUAUACAGGUAGGCGAUAUUCUACUCAUGAAGUCAGUUUGUACACCAUCCCCAGGAUUUUACAAUAUUAUGAAUAUUCAAUAUGGGCUGCCAGUUUCUACAACAAUAUCAGAAUCUCACAAUAUUACGAAUGCUCGACACGUGCUGCGGAUAGGUUAUUCACUAACACGAAAAGGUUACAUUUUUAUUAUGGAGGUUUUGAGGCAGAUAUAUGUGAUCGGUGGCCAACGCUAUGCGAACGGGUUUUAUUGGAUAGUUUCAUCGCCGCUGGCUGCCUUCCGGAAAAUCAUACUUUUCCUCGCAGCUUGGCACAUUCUACAACGUUUGCAGCGUCCGCGUUCUCCACAGAUACCGAGUCCUUCGUGGCUGACGAAGUUCAGUUUUUAGCUGUAAAAGGUGUGGAAACAACGAAUGACUUCGUUCUUUCUUCUCUUACAAAUUCUCUCCAUUCGUCAUCCGCAAUACUCGAUGCUUUUGUUGCUCUUUCUUCACAGGCCGAUUAUGAAGAAAGAGAAAAAAUCCAUGACUUUUAUCUCAAUUAUCAAUCUUCAUCAGUAAUUCAUUAUUACACACACGACAGGUUUUUUUCCUGCAUAAUUAAUCGUUUGCUUAGACAAGGACAACUCCACACUAUCUAUCAAUGGCGAAAACCAAUUACCGAUCUGAUCAAUAGUCUUCGACGACCAUUGCCAUCAGAAGAUGACAGUGUCUCAUUGAUUCUCUAUCGUGGUCAGCAAAUAACUGUAUUCGAGCUUGAAAAAAUGAAAAACCAUGUGGGAGAAACCAUCGCUUCUUCUUCUUUUCUCUCAACCACAAUCAAGUAUCAAAUCGCUGAAAUAUAUGCCGGGAAUGGAUCUGACGCCAAUCCUUGUUAUGUAUCAGUCAUGUUAAAAAUUCAUCUUGAUACAGGUCAACCAAUGCGUCCAUAUGCUCUCAUUAACAAUAGUGCCGAGGAAGAAGUUUUAUUUUCACCUGGUACUAGGUUUAUUCUCAUGUCCUGUCGAAAACUUCAUGAUAAUGGUCGCUUCUGGCUCUUUGAACUGAAAGCCAUUCCCGAAAAAGAACAAGAACAAUUGAAAUUAAAUCAUGGAGAAAGCUUUUUUGUUGCUGAGUCACCAAAUAGAUGGCCGACAUCGGUCGUGAUUGUUCGUUAUAUAAUCACCUGAUGAGACCCUUGAGCAAGGUCGAAACCAGUCUCAGUCAUUCACUAACAUUUUGGUAGAUAUCUUUAGAAAAGUGUCAUGGAAAUAUUGAUGGAACAAACUUCACUUACUUUAGUACCAGGGUUGCCACCUUUUGAAGUUCGAAAAGCAGAAAAUGACAGAAGUUUUAUUGUGAAAAAGCAGAAACAAAAGCAGAAAGUGUAUUUCUGCUGCGAAGCAAUCUUUUAAGCUUUCACGUAAUGAAAUCACAAAGAAUUUCACACCAAUUUCCCAUCGUGAUUGUACAAAAUCAAGAAAAAAUCUAGUUAAACACAAAAAUAGAAUUAUUGGAUUCGUUUUCUUUUGAAUGUGCAUUUUACAUCUAAUUUAAUAGCUUUCAAAAAAUCUUCGUUGCACAAUAUAUGUUUAUACAGCACUCGCAAAAAGUUUCAGGAUAUUCGAAAAAAGUUCUCCAACACUUUAUGUUUAAGUUGAAUCUGAAAAUAAGCAUAUGUUUGGCAUUAUUAUUAACCAACGUUUCAUAUAUUAUUGAACGAAUGAAUCUUCGCAAUUUGACAUCAAGAGAAAAGUAUCAAACAUAGAUAUCCAACGGCUAAAAGUUCUGUAACAAAUCUUGUUCUUUUCACCUAUUGACAUUCCUUCACUUUCAAAUACUAUGAGUGGAAAGAGUUUGAAAAGCUGACUACAGUGGAUAUGUAUUUGUUUAACAUCCCAAGUGAGCAAAAACUAAAAGAAGACACCCGACAUGACUAGUCCAAAGUGUCCACAGCAGCCGUCAAGUCUAGUCUGAAACGUCUUGCACAUCCGUCAUGACUAGUCACCUUUUGGAGAAAUGUCCUUCAAACUCGUCUGGACUAGUCCCGAGUGUCCUUGAAUCCAGUCAUGUCUAGUCCGUUUUGUCCGUUGACCCCGUCCAGACUAGUAGGAGAACUAAAAAAAGAAGAUGCAAGGUGGAUUCGAACACUCAACCCGACAGUAUUCGAAACCUGACGGGCAUCCUGCCGGGAGACUAGGACACUGAAAUGAACUGACGUCCGUUUAUACAGUGUAAAAUACAAAAUUGAUUCCCGUCCAUCCAGUAAACAAUCAGAAACCAGUCGAUGUCACACGACUUUGACUAGUCUGAAACGUCUUCGAUAGUAGUCAGGACUAGACCGAAGCGUCGUCUUCACUCGUCACGACUAGUCCUUUUUUAAAGAGUGGGUGUGGGUGUGGAUGUGGGGGGUGUGGGUGUGUGGGUGUGGGUAGGUGUGGGGUGUGGGUGGGUGUGGGGUGUGGAUGUGGGUGUGGGUAUGGGUGUGGGUGUGAGUGUCCUGUUCUUCCCAUACAGUCACCUACACCGACACCCACACCCACACCCACACCCACACCCACACCCACACUCACACCCACACCCACACCCACACUCACACCCACAUCCACCCCCACACUCACACCAUCUGUGAAGCAGUCGGAUUGUAGGUGGAAAGAACAAUGAGUGAGGUUUGGGUGACACCACAUGCAGUUUAUCAAAGAAAAGAGAAGUGAUGGAUCCAAGGGGAAAGCAGCUGACUUAGUGAACUUUUUGACUUUUUUUAACUUACCUGACUUAGAAUGAUUUUAGCGACUUUAAUGACUUUAAAAAACAUACACCCCCGGGGAAAGCUUCUCCUCCUCUUUCUUAUUAUGCUAUCAUACUCCACAUCGAAUUUAUUACCAAGUGAAGAUAUGACAUAAGAGUUUUAUUUCAAUGCCGUAUACAUAUGAUACUGAAAUCAAACUUAUGACAUAUCCCGGUAAUAAAUGUCAUGUGCAUGAAGUUUGAUAGUAUAAUAAAAAACCAUAGGAGAAGAGUAUUGGCCCCGAGUGUAGGUUAAAUUAGUAGCGAAUUCGCAUAAUGUCAGCGGCAAUUCAUUCAAAAACCUGUUCUAGAGCUCCUACUCAGUGUUUUAAGUACAAUAUUGCUAGCUCUAUCCACUAGGGUGUGUUGUGUGUGGGUGUGAGUGUGUGGGUGCGGGUGCGGGUGCGGGUGUGCAAGUGAGUGAAGAAAAGAACAACACUCGUCUGCACAGCCCACUUAUUUUUUCAAUUACAUUACCUUUUACUUAUUUCUUUAUUGUUGUUAAUGCGCGGCUCUGAUGAGUUUUUUAAUAUAUUGGGUGCGAGUGUGUGUGGGUGGGUGGGUGGGCGUAGGUAUGAGUAUGGGUGUGGGCAGGCGUGGAGGGUGUGGGUGUGGGUGGGUGUGAGUGUGGGUGGAUGUGGGUGUGGGUGUGUGGGUGUGAAUGUGUGGGUGUGGGUGUGAAUGUGUGGGUGUGGGUGUUGGUGUGGGUGUUGGUGUGGUUGGUGUGGAUGUGGGUGUGGGUGUGGUUGGUGGGGAUGUGGGUGUGGGUGUGGUUGGUGUGGAUGUGGGUGUGGGUGUGGGUCAAAGUAUUCCACCCACCCACUCACACCCACACCCACACCCACCCACACCCCACACCCACACCCACGCUCACACCACCCCCACCCACACCCACACCCAGCCACACCCACACCCACAUCCACACCCACACCCUCAAGAAAAUUUUCGAUAUUAACUAUCUUAUAAAAUUUUACAAACAGGGCUUAGAACUUUUGGUUACCCCUAAGUACAUUAUGUAAACUUUGAAGAAGAACAUCUAAUUCAGCAAUAAAUUAUGCAACUGAAUGGCGAGAACUGAUUCCUUUGUCUAGAAAACAAUUUUCGGUUUUUCGUUUUAGAAUUGCCAGUUCAGUUAUUCGUCUUCUAGAUGCUGUUUAUGAAUCAUCAAAUAUAAAUCUGAGACCUAAUUUAAUGGUGUGGCUGUGCGUGUACAUGUGGAUGUAGGUGUGGUAUAGGUGGGUAUGUAUGUGUGAAGCUCUAUCUUAACCCAUAGCCACACCCAUAAACCCUUAAUACCCUUGACGUCUUUGAGUUCGUUGCCAUCCUUGGCUUCGCUGAGUUCCAGACCUACUUUGAUAUCCUUGAUUUCUUUGGGUUGGUUGAGUUUCUUGACGUUCUUGGGUUCUUUGACUUUGACUUUCUUCACUUCUUUGGUUUUCUUGGUUUCUUUGAAUACCUUGGAUUCCCAUUAGUCUUAUCACUCCAAUUUGUUAGGCUCUCGUUUGGAGGGAAAGGUGACUUCUGCCCCAGACUACAACUCAGGGCGGAAUACUAUGUCAAAAACCCAGGUCUGCUCUGGGAACGAGAACACAAACGUGAAAUAAUACAAAAGACUUACCUAGUCUUGAUAUAAUGAAUGAGGAUGUAUAUAGGGAUGUGUGAGGUUUUAUUCACAAUAAAACCAAAAAGACAAUAUAAUAAUGAUGAUGGGGAUGAAAGACAUCAAGAGGAAAACAAUAACAAGAUCAAUAACAAGAUCAACAAGAAGGAAGAUGGAAUAGGGAAUGAGUCAUGUGAGAAAAAGGAAAGCGAAUAAACACUGGAUCGUCCAUGUAAGAUAUAUAUAUGUAUAUAUAUCUAUAUAUAGAGGAAAGGAAAAGACCCAUAGUGUACAACUGGACGUUAGCGGUAAUAGAGUGACCUCUAUUGACGCUAACACAAUUUCGUUAAUUUUAGGAUUCAGGAUUCCUCAAAAGUUCUGAAUCUAGGGAAAUCGGACACAUCGCCACACUCUCACACCCUUAACUAUUCGAAUAUACAAACCAAUGCUAUCUAUAAAAGCACGUGAUUUACUUCCAUUAAUUUCAUGCGCAGUUACAAUUAUUCUUUUCACAUUUAAUAUUGCUCUAACAAUGCCAGUUUAUAGAAAACAAACACAUGAUGAUGAAAACCAAUGUUUUGUGUCAAAACAAGUAUGGGAUAUUUUAAUUGUUUACGAUUUGUUCAUCUAUUUCGUGAAUCAUCCUAUCAUGAAUUGGUCGUAAUGGUUGCAAUUUCAUUUUUACUCUCAAUUACAGGGGUAGCUUUUGCAGUUGAAUUUAAUUUUAACUUAUCAUUUCAAAUUACUCAAUUAUGCCCACAUAAACUAUGUUGGUGUACUCGUAAUGUUAUUUAUUACUUUAUAGCAAUUCCUGCUUGUCUAUUUCUUUCGAUCAGUAUAAUUAUUUUUCUUCUGGUAAUUUAUUACAUAUUAAAUCAACCUCGAAGAACUACAUCACUCGAUCCAUCACAUGGAAAAAUGAAAAAACAUGUGUAGUAGUAUUACUUGCAAAAUGUGCAACUCAAGGUAUUGGUUGGCUUCUUGGUCUAUUUCUGACAUUUGGUAAUGAAGACACCCAAUGGUUUAGUACGGAUUUUUAAUAUAUUUAAUGGAUCAUAAGGUUUUUAGGCUAUUAUUUUGUAUUUAAUAAUUCUAUCAAAACAUGUAGAUCGAAGAAAAUUUGUGGCACAUGCCGAAAAGACAAGAGGUCAUCAGAAUUAACAUAUCAUCAAUACGAAAAAUGUGAUGAGGAAAAUGAUAAAAGUAUCACAUUCAUUCGAUAAAUCUGAUGACAUCAACAGAAUGGAUCCUAAACUCGGUGAUUAUAUUUCGGAUUCAUACCGUUAGAACAAUAUCUAUUAACAAUAUUGAUUUAACAUUAUCUUAAUAACACUAACUGAAUAUGAUUUCUGAUUAAAAUUAUUUGUAGUCCAUCGACAAUAUGUCAUAAAAUUAAUAUUCAGCCAUGUUUAUUAUAGUGUUCAUUAAACUGAUUAAAAUUUCGUCAGAAAAGAAGAGAUAUCCAGAAGGUUCCCUACAAAUUCAAGAGGUGUUGUAAAAAACAUGAUUUCGAGGUGAUUUGAAUUUAAAACGUUCUUAACAGGUGUUUUAUAAUGUUUAGCGAUUACAUAUAUUGUAUCUUAAACUUUGUAUUUCUAUUGCUAUGCAUGAGAUAGAUAUACCAUCCAUAUUAACAAGAAGCAAUUUAAGUAUUCUAAAGUUAUAAAAAGGGAGAUUUGUUUUUUGAAUACUGUAAUACUGUUCUCGAAACUAUUAAUAAGGAUCCUAAUAUGUUUUCGCUGUUGUUUCAUGGAUUUAGCCGUUCUCAGUGAUGAUCAGUCAUAUAGAGGAAGACCGAAACAAAAUAGAGAUAAGUUUCUGAAUGAUUACAUUUUCUAAUUUGAAUAUGCUCUAAAGAAAAAAAUUCUUAUGAAGAACAGAUAAGAGGCGUAGAAUGUAACCAGAUAAAUGUAAUCAGUUUCAGAUUAUUUAUAAUUCAAGAAAAUGAAGAAAUAAUGAUUGAUGUUUUACUUUUAUGUACUUCACUCUUUUAACUCACAAGGAAUGUUUUAUUUUAUGAAUUUCACUGUGAUGAAAUGAACUAUAAUAUUACAUGCCGUCAGAAAACAAGUGAACCAGAAAAUGGUUUGAGCUGACAGACAGUAAUAAAUCAAUCUUAAACCAUUUAUUCAUUUUCUUAAAAAAUAAUUCUAUUUAGAUCUUUUAGGACGAAGUCGAGCAGUAACUGUUUUUGAUAAAAUAAAAAUUUUAGCGAAAAAAAAACACAAGAUUCUUAUUAAUUGUUAAAUUAAUAACAAUUUUCUUAAAAUGAAAUUCGUGUAUAGAUAAAUAAUUUGCUUAAUGCAUGGAUAUACGCAGUUCCUAAUGAUUAUUUCGAAGUCAUGAUGCUUUCGAUCCAUAUACGUGUAUAGAUUCUACUUGAUAAUUACCAAAUUUUUUCUAAUACAGAUGUUUCUGAUCGCAUACAGUAUUCAAUUCAUUGAUUUUGUGUUACUGAAUAAAAUAUCAUCAAAAAUAGUUCUUUUUUUGUAAGCAUUUUAAACUUCUAAUACCAAAUAUCAUGAUAUACUGUAUAACAGAGAAAACUAAAUAAACACACACGCACGUUCUAUUUUUCGACUUGAUUUUAUUUUUUUAUAUGAUGAUGGCAUUAAGUUUUAUGUACUAAUGUAGUCUAUACCUAAAGAAGGUAUUAUGCAUGUGCCUAUAUAGUAUUUCAUUCAAGUUGAUAGUGGCUAAAUUUUCUCAUUGUUGAAGUUAAUAACAUAAGAAUUUUGAUCCCAUCUACUACUUAAAUAUAGUGUCCUAAAUAACUAUAUUAUCUUUAAUCUUGUGUUGUACAUAACUCUUUUUGACUUCUAUCGUUCAUGCGAGUUGUUUCUCUAUUUCUCUAAUUUCUACCCAACAAGGAAAACUGAUAGUUUUCUUUUUCAAUGUAGAUUGUGUACAAGUUUUUAGAUCGAUCAAAGAAAAAGUAAUCCUUGUUUUGAAUAAGAUUAUCAAAUAAAUGAGAUGUAUUUUUCCAAUUUAUAUUCAACGAUAUCAGCUGUCAUUAGUUUGUGAAUAAGUACCAUAUUAUUGUUCAUCAUUAAGAUAGAAAUCAUUUCUGCUUAUGGAUUACUAUACAGAAUAAAAUAUGAAAAUAUUGGUAAAGUUAAAAUAUUAUUUCUACUUAUGUUUCAUGUGAUAAUGCAUUGUAAAAAAACACUAGAUAUCGAAUUCUACAAGAUGAUGCUCUUUUUAAAGAAGAUUGACAGUGGAUACUAUUGAAUUUAGAAGUAUAUUUGGGAAACUUGAAAUACUAUUUUCUAAAUCAACGAAAAGAAAAGUUGGAUGUUUUAUCUGUCAGCAAGCAAUGGUCCGAAAACAUCGAGUACAUCUGGAAUUUCAUCUAAUGAUUAAAUGCAAAUUUGAACAUUAAACAUUGUUUGAUCUUUUCAUUAUCAAUUUUUAUCUGCUACGUUUCUGGUAUAUAAUGAGCUGAAACUUAAUAAGUUAAAUAUAGUCCGUUGUAACCUAUUAUUCCAUUCAAUUAUAUAAUAAUGGAUUGAAAUCCUACGAUAGAAUAUUUUCAUGUUAAAAAAUUAUUUACUCUGCGUUCAACUGAAUGUGUAUUAUAAUUUAAAAUAAAAUGACAUUUUCUUAUAUUUUGUAUCUGUUGAGUUCUAUAUCUCCUAUUUUCAUUGUCGACAAUCAUUUAAAAGAGUGAAUCUGUUAAUGAUUUUGUGAAAAAUGGCUGUGUAUGGUCAGAAAAAAGUAUUCAAGAAUGAACUUAUAACUAUAUUAAAACUUAAGAAGAAAAGAAAAGUUAAUACUUUAAUAUAGUUAACAUCGAAUUUUAUGUAACUUCUACAAGCUCCCAUGAACCGACUAGACAAGGAUUCUAUCGGAAUAUAUGGAAUGGUUUUAAUCUGUGAAACUUGGAAAAUACUAUAGAAUAGCUUGUUAUUUAAAAAGACUCAUUCGUCUGAUGGUGUCUUUAUCAUGGCAAUAAUGUUAUCUAAAUUGAUAUACAACUCAUACUUAAAAUCUUAAAAGGAUAAGAGUAUUUUUUUCAGAUAAAUUCAGCAUUUCAUAGAACUAUCGAAAUCAGAUAAUAUUGACUCUUACAUCAACGACUCACAGUCAGUAUGAUGACUUGUUGCUUAGUCUUAACAGUCUCACCACUUCGUUGAGUGAAUUACAAAAGAAAGAAGCAAAAAGUGUAUUUUGAUUAUUCAAUGAUAGACGUAAAUUGAGAACUUUUACUUGACCUUGAAUGAAUGGAUACAAUAUACUAUUCAUAUAUAUGAUUCUUUUUUUUGUGAUUAACAUUCCUUAAAUAUUUAUUUUCGUUUUGGAUAGUUAAUAUUUAACUUAAGCUUUUAAAAGGUGUAAAAAAAACAUUCAAAGUUUCUAUUUUUGGUUUGAAUAACUGUCAAAUUACUUGAAAUCAUCUGAAUAUAUAAGUUAAACAAAUGUAGUACAUCAAUCUUUCAGAUAGGUAUCUUUGAAAUUCAUACUUAUAAAUUUAGUCUAUUGGUCAAUUACAAUAGUUCGAAUGAGUAAAUCAGCGUCAAUUGUUUCUUUUGUAAAAUAUUUGUUUGUAUUACUCGUAUUUAAUAUUUAAGAAAGUUAAUCAAUAUCUAAAAUGACCCUGGAAAUCGUAGAUCUCAUAAGAAUGAAGGAUAGACAUUUCUCGAUUAAUUAAUUGAAAGAGACAAUCACUUAUGAUUAAUUUAAACUAAUUCAAUGGAAAUACAUAUAUUUUGACAACGAAAUAUUUCAAAUGGAAGAUAAAGCAAACAAAAUUACUCAAAAAAAAUUUCAUUCACUCGUACCUGAUGAAUAAUAAACAAAAAGACUUGAUUGUCAUGAUCACCUUUUACUUCCACUUUUCAAAAUCAUACAAAACCAUAUCUUAUUUCACUGAUGAUUUUAUGCAUCGUUUCUUGUUCUUUAGCAGCUUUGUCCUAUGAAAGUAUUAAAUAUUUUGCUUUCUUCAAAUAAAUACCCUAUAUAUAAUGCAAGAAUAUUAUAUCGAGGUUUUCGUGUCUGUCAAAAUGUAUAUUUGUGAUUUUUGUUUUAUUUGAUAUAUUCUUUUUUUUCUGUAGGUGCGACGAGAACAUUCUAUGGUAUGUCUGAGAUACUGGUAAUUUUACAAUCGGUUUGUAGUUUUGUUGUUGAUCAUGAUGUCUAAACGAUUAUAUUAAAUUACAAUCCACAUUCUGAUCAUCAUCAAAUUUAUAUUUUAUUCAUGUCAAACUUUCUUUUUUUUUCUUAAUAAUGAAUCGUUUUAUUUUAAUAUGACGUGCAGUUUCAGUAGACAGAAAUCUUUAUUAAUAUAUUUAUUAAUUAUAAUUAAUUAUAAUAAAAUUAUAGCACAAUCGAAUAUUGAAUAUUUCGAUGAUAGUGAUACAGAUAUAUUAUCGAAUUUCAAAGAUGAAAUCAUAUUAAAACAAGAUUUACGAAUUGGGCACGACACAACAGAUUUGGAUUCAACAAGUCACUCAAUGGAAAGUAUUUCAUUAGUAUCAACAGCAGCAACUUCUCCAAGUCUAAGUGAAGUGAUGCCCGACACAGUGAUAGAUACAAGUUUAUUUUUUCCUGAAAGUUCUUCACGGAUAUUUACUAAUCAGGAUUGGUUAUCAACAGCUCUUAUUCAUCGUUGGUCUACAUCACACCAAGAUACAGAUUCGUCAUCUGUUGCUUCAGGUAUACCAUAG